CCCAGCGCCGGGCCCUCCCCCUUUCUCCUCCUCCUUCCUUCCUUCCUUCCCUCCCUCCUUUCCUCCCUCUCUCCCUCCCUCUCCGCUCCUGCACCAGGAAACAGUCCGGAUCCCGGCAGCGGCCUGACCCCGGCUCCACGCUGGCCAGGAGGAUGAAAGGCCACAGCUGGAGGCUCCUUGCCACCGGCGUUGGGCCCUAAGAACUGCCAUCCAGGCGGGCCGCCCGGAUGGCGACCCCCGCCUCAGCCCCAGAUACACGGGCUCUGGUGGCAGACUUUGUAGGAUAUAAACUGAGGCAGAAGGGUUAUGUUUGUGGAGCAGGCCCCGGGGAGGGCCCAGCAGCUGAUCCACUGCACCAAGCUAUGCGUGCGGCUGGAGAUGAGUUCGAGACCCGCUUCCGGCGCACCUUCUCCGACCUGGCGGCCCAGCUGCAUGUGACCCCAGGUUCUGCCCAGCAACGCUUCACCCAGGUCUCCGACGAACUCUUCCAAGGGGGCCCCAACUGGGGUCGCCUUGUGGCCUUCUUUGUCUUCGGAGCGGCGCUGUGUGCUGAGAGUGUCAACAAGGAGAUGGAGCCGCUCGUGGGGCAGGUGCAGGAGUGGAUGGUAGCAUACCUGGAGACGAGGCUGGCCGACUGGAUCCACAGCAGUGGGGGCUGGGCGGCGUUCACAGCUCUGUACGGGGACGGGGCCCUGGAGGAGGCUCGGCGGCUGCGGGAGGGGAACUGGGCCUCAGUGAGGACAGUGCUGACGGGGGCUGUGGCACUGGGGGCCCUGGUAACUGUAGGGGCCUUUUUUGCUAAGGAACAUUCCAGCUCUGAACCCCUUGGGCGUGAGGGUGAUGUGGACUCAUGGCUGGACUGUUGCUGGGCCGUAGGCUUUGGUGCUGCUUUUACUGAGGACCAGUCCCAUCCCAACUACUGGUACUUUUCUAGCCAGAAAAUCCGUUUCCGGAGCCGCAGAAUUCCCAGCCUCGGCCUACCAACCAACACCAAGGUCACCUGUCACGAGGCGGGCGUCCCUUCGACCCUCCCGGACCAAUCGGCGUCUGAGAUCGAGCCACGGCGGCGAGGCGCUCGGAAGCUCGCGGCGAUGGCGGCGGCGACGGCGGCGGCAGCGGCAGCGGGGGCUGCGGGCGGUCGGGGCUCCGGGCCGGGGCGGCGGCGCCAUCUUGUGCCCGGGGCCGGCGGGGAGGCCGGGGAGGGGGCCCCGGGGGGCGCAGGGGACUACGGGAACGGCCUGGAGGCGGAGGAGCUGGAGCCGGGGGAGCUGCUGCUGGAGCCCGAGCCGGAGCCCGAGCCCGAAGAGGAGCCGCCCCGGCCCCGCGCCCCCCCAGGAGCUCCGGGCCCCGGGCCUGGCUCGGGAGCGGCCGGCGGCCAGGAGGAGGAGGAGGAGCCGGGCCUGGUCGAGGGGGACCCGGGGGACGGCGCCAUCGAGGACCCGGAGCUGGAAGCGAUCAAAGCCCGCGUCCGGGAGAUGGAGGAGGAAGCGGAGAAGCUCAAGGAGCUCCAGAACGAGGUGGAGAAGCAGAUGAACAUGAGCCCGCCUCCGGGCAAUGCUGGCCCAGUGAUCAUGUCCAUUGAGGAGAAGAUGGAAGCUGAUGCACGGUCCAUCUAUGUUGGCAAUGUGGACUACGGUGCAACAGCAGAAGAGCUGGAAGCACACUUUCAUGGCUGUGGUUCUGUCAACCGUGUCACCAUACUUUGUGACAAAUUUAGUGGCCACCCCAAAGGGUUUGCUUAUAUAGAGUUCUCAGACAAAGAGUCAGUGAGGACUUCUCUGGCCUUAGAUGAGUCCUUGUUUAGAGGAAGACAAAUAAAGGUGAUCCCAAAACGAACCAACAGACCAGGGAUCAGCACAACAGACCGGGGUUUCCCACGAGCCCGAUACCGAGCCCGGACCACCAACUACAGCAAUUCCCGUUCUCGGCUCUACAGUCCUUUUAACACCAGGCCCCGGGGUCGCAUCUACAGGGGCCGGGCUAGAGCGACAUCAUGGUAUUCCCCUUACUAAAAAAAGUGUGUAUUAGGAGGAGAGAGAGGAAAAAAGAGGAAAGAAGGAAAAAAAAAAAAGAAUUAAAAAAAAAAAAGAAACACAGAAGAUGACCUUGAUGGAAAAAAAUAUUUUUAAAAAAAAAGAUAUACUGUGGAAGGGGGGAGAAUCCCAUAACUAACUGCUGAGGGACCUGCUUUGGGGGAGUAGGGGAAGGCCCAGGGGGUGGGGCAGAGGGCUGCUCAUUCGCUCUGGGGACUCGCCGUGGACACGUCUCAAUUGCACAAGCUGCUCCCCAUGUUUCACUGUCCCGCUUCACCCCCUUGGGGGCUGCUGAAGGGUAGGUGGGCAUGGGUGGUAGGGCUUUUUUUUUACCCAGGGCUCUGGAAGGACACCAAACUGUUCUGCUUGUCACCUUCCCUCCAUCUUCUCCCUCGCUCUCCGUCCAGCCUGCUCGCUCCUGUCUUGCCAGGUCUCCCACCUGCCCCAACCUCCUCUUGGGCUCCCUGCCCUUCCAGAUUGCCUGGUGAUCUGUUUUGUUUCCUUUUGUGUUUCUUUUUCUGUUUUGAGUGUCUUUCUUUGCAGGUUUCUGUAGCCGGACGAUCUCCAUUCCGCUCCCAGCGGCUCCAGUGUAAAUUCCCCGCCCCCUGGGGAAAUGCACUAACUUGUUUUGGGGAUUUUGGGAAGUUUUUUUGUUUGUUUUUCAGGUUUUUUUUGUUUUGUUUUGUUUUUUUUUGUUUUUUUCUUUGCUUAUUUUUUCCCUUUUAUUUGGAGGGAAUGGGAGGAAGUGGAAACAGGGAGGUGGGAGGUGGAUUUUGUUUAUUUUUUUUAGCUCAUUUCCAGGGGUGGGAGUUUUUUUUAAUAUGUGUCAUGAAUAAAGUUGUUUUUGAAAAUAAAAA